AACGCGAGCCAGACACGAAACAGUCAGCAAACGAAACGGGCGAGGGAAAUGUCGUCGUCGGACGGGUGCUAGUUGCAAGUCAAUUUCUUUGUUUUGAUAACUGAAGUGUGUGGAAAAGUCCAAGAAAGAGUCGAAUUGUCGCGUGCUGCCCCCGCCAGGGACGUGGAAACCGUAAUCCAGGAUCGAUUUGUGAGUUUCGCGGCGUAGCCGAGCAUCCGUGCAGCGAGAGCAAUCGUCCGGCCAAGAAGUGUCAAAGACGCAUCUCGGUGCCCGUCGACGUCGCCCAUUGAUUUUUCACAGCACCCGACUCCGCGUCCAGCUCCAACCCGACCCCAAUUCGUCGCAUCCACAUCUCCGUGCUGUGCUCCGCAGCGUGUGGAGUCGCCCCAACCCCUGUCUCGACUCGUGCGGAGCCCUGCUCGCUCCCUGAACGCUAUGCACGCUUUGUUUUCGUCGCCGUCGUCGUGUGAGCCAAAGUGCCGUGGGUCGCGUGAAAUUUGAAUGAGAAAGUGCGAAAAGUCUGAGAAGUGUUGUGUCGUUUGUGUCCUCCUUGUGCAAUAGCAGCGCCGUCGCAUGUGCCCUGCUGCGAAGGCGAGAAAACCCUAAGAGAACGUGCUUAUUGGAUUCGACUGGUCGCCCGGCCGUCAUUCGCCAGCCGCAAAUUGGAUUACUAGCUGCCGGCCUUGUCCUGAGCCCGGAGCCGCAGCCCUGUACUGCCAGUCGCUCGUCAUAGCCCAAGGGCAUUCCCGCUCUCAAAUGUGUAUUUGAUUCGCCCGAACGAAUUGGAAACUUGUUGCGCGCAAACUCUCGACCCGGGUGGAAAGAAUAAAAACAUAAAGGCAUUGCUGUUGCCUCUUCGUUUCCGACGUAGUGGUCGUGGUAAUCAAGAUAGUCGUGACAGAGCUAAACUGCAGCUUGGAAUAUCAAUCUUUUUCUAGUCCAUAAAUUUUACGAAGGCUGACCAUAAUCGGGCCUUCCAUAUGAAAAUGGGAGCGCCGCUUUCAUCAUCCGUUCCAUUAUGUUCAUCAUCAUCGGACUUAACAAUAUCGUCAAGAAGAACCACAAUCUCAACAGCAUCACAAUCACUUAGACGAUUGUUCGGAUUACGGCGUGUGAUAAAUUUUUCGCCGUUAUUGUUAAUAUCAUUGGCAAUAUGUCUAGGAACGCCAUCAUGUCAGGCCCAAUCAGUAUUAAAUUUUCAAGACUUAAAUUUUACGCCGUGGAAUGAGACGGUGUCGUAUGUUAGCUCAGAUUCUUAUAACGCGCGAGGAAUGGCACCGCUGUAUCAGUCGGUCAACGAUAUAAUUAAAGUGUUUCUUGGCAAGGAUCCAAUAGCACCAGGUUAUAUUGAAGUAGAGAACCACAAGCUUGUAUAUGGACCGAAGGUUCGUCCCGAGUUUGAAUAUGGUGAACUUCUUCAGAAAUAUUGGGCCAUAUUAUUGGUAGUUAUAAUUGCGGCACUCAUCAUAGUGUUAAUGCCUAUCGUCGGUUUAUGUUUCUGCUGUUGUCGUUGCGCUGGAGCGUGCGGAGGCCGAUCGCAACCGUUUGAUAAGAAACAUGACACAUGCCGACGAGUGAUAUGGGGUACCCUACUAUUUUGCGCUGCAACAGGAUUAUUAUUUGGAGUAAUUGUCGCCUUCGUCACGAAUAGCUAUAUGCAAGAAGGUAUCGAAAAUGUAACAACCUCCGUUCGAUACGGCGUGGAUGAUACCGGGACGUAUUUAGAUUCGACAAAAUCCCAAAUAAAUUUCCUUCUGACUACGAACUAUGUUGAACUUGAAGAUAAUGUUGAAUCAACACUGAUAGCUGCAACUGACGUUCUUUUGACUGAUUUGAAAAAUGCAUCGGAGGCAAUUUCUUUGGAUUACUUGAGUGGAUUGGUGUCGAAACUGCCAAACAUAAGUAGCAAUUUGCAAGAAAUGAGAGUGCUAACAAACAAACUAAGGGUGGAUGCUUCACAACUAAACGAUGGUCUGCGUGGUGUUAAACGUGAACUCCUGCAGUCAUUAACAAAAUGUAAAGCCCCGGCAUGUGGCGAUGUCUUGAGAGACUACCAGAUCGGCAAACUUGAUGCCAAUGGCAUUGAUUAUAACCAGAUGUUAGACAGAUAUUUCCCAAGGCUUCCUGACUUAACAUCACAAAUCGAAGAUGUUCAAAAAUUAUUGAAUGGCAAUAUUGUAAAUGUCAUGGAAAAAGCUGUAGAAUCAUUCAAAACAAUGAGCCAAGAGCUAAAUAAAACUAUACAGGUCAACGUUGGUAAAGUUAGGAACGCAAUGAAUCAAGCAGGUGAUAGUAUUAAAGAAGCUUCCGAUCUGAUGGGCGAAAAAUUAGAUCAAGUGAAGAAAACACUCGUAGAUACUUCGAAACAAGGUACAGAUAUUGCUGACAAGUACAUCAACGAAUACAGCAUCUAUCGGUUUUAUUUUGGCGUUGCUGUUAGCACGGUACUUUUAUUGAUUUUGCUUUGCAUUUCACUUGCGUUACUGUGUGGAAUCUGUGGUAAACGCCCUGAUGGAUAUGGAGACGAUUGCUGCAAUAAAGGCUCAGGCUCAAGAUUUUUAAUGAUUGCUGUAGCCUUGAUCUUCCUCACAAUAUCUGUGCUUGCAGUGGUUGUAGUCGCUCAUUUCCUAGUUGGAAUCAUUGUUCAGCGUGGAGUUUGCGUUUCUCUCAGAAAUCCUGAGAAUGAUCAAGUGUUCUCAUAUAUCGACAAGCUGAUCGAUCUAAACGAGUUCUAUGAUAAUAUCAAUAAAGACAAACGAAUCUCUAAGAAACUUUCGAAGAUUCGAUCAUCAUCAAAAACUCGAACGGUAGAACCGUUUACUUUAUCUCAAAUAAUUGUGGCAUGCCAGAACAACCAGACGAUUUACAAAGUGUUACAUCUGAACAAUAUCUUCGAAAUCGAUGAUAUUCUUGAUUUCCCAGACAAAUACAACAUCAAUGGGACUCUUGAACAUUUGAUAAGUACCAUCAAAAUUGAAGACAUUGACAUUUCCAACCAAGAUAUCGCUGAGAGAAUUAAAGAACUUGGAAAUUCGGAACUAAAAGGUUUCCAGGUUGACAAAUUCACCGAUAACCUUAAUGAAAAUAUCACCAACUUCCCAUUAGAUGAAAUCGCUCAACAGCUCAAAGAAACCGCAAAGAAGAUUGAUACAACUAACGACCCUGAUAUGGUUUACAUUCAAAUCAGCAUAAAAAAUCAAGCCCUACACUUAGAAACAUAUCAGCAAAAUCUUGUUUUGCCAAUGAUUGAAAACUCAAAGAAACUUUUGAAAUUUGCUCAAAAACUUGACGAUGAUCUGCACUUCAAUUCGACGAAGGAACCAUUUGAGCAGUCAAUUGAGAAACUUCUCACGGAGUUGGAAAAUGCUCAAAACUUCAUUAAAACAAAUGGCACUCCACAUGUGCAAAAUGUCGCUACACAACUAGUGAAUCAGUUGAGUACUGACAUUACGAAAUAUAUGCACUUAAUUGUGAAGGCAGUUCAGGAGGACAUUGGCUAUUGUGCUCCGAUGGCGAACGUGUAUAAUUCCCUCAUUGUUGCUGGCUGCAGUGCAGUCGUGGAUCCAUUUAACGGAUUCUGGGCAGGCGUAGGCUGGUGUAUUCUUCUAUUCUUACCAACAAUUAUAAUUAGUGUUAAGCUUUCUAGUUUAUAUCAGAAAUCUGAUCCGUACCCGGGACCGUUAGUUGAAUCGGAAUAUUUGUAUGAUGCAUACAGUGAACGAGACAAUAUACCACUUGCAAAUGGACCUAAAAAUAAGCGACGAAAGGGCAAAAAUCGUAGACACGGGUCACGCGACCGACGUGACUACUAUGAGGACUCAGGAUCAUCGCAUGGCAUUCCAGCAAGCCGUGAUACACGGUACAACGACAUGGCACCAAAACAUUGGGACGGUGGUCCGCCAAGAUAUCAAAACCCUCCUAUGGCACCACCAGCUUCUGAAUAUGAACGCCCACCGCCAUAUUACUAUCCAGGAGCGUCUGAACAGGAUUAAGAUGCAGCGAAAUCAGUAUAGGAUUUGUGGUAAGAGCAUAAGGGGGUGGUCCAGACGAUCAAAAAUAGGAAAUACAAUCAUCACUCAAUGAUAGGUUUUUAAAUGUCACUAUUGUCGUCCUUCGUGUUUUAAAAAUAUAUUGAUUGUAUUCAAAAUUGUGAAGAAACAUGCAUAGAAACUAAUUAUACAAUUAAUUAUUAUUACUAUUGGUUACGAUGAUUACUUGUAACAUUUCCAUUUGAGAUUUUUCAUGGGAAUUCAAAGACAUUCUAGCUAUUGAAAUGAGAGGAGAAGGAAUGUACACGCAAUUUUUGUGAUGCAUUUCGAUAAGAGUCUGUAAAUUAAAUUUUCUAUUUUAAUUAUAAUAUAUAAUUGCAAUUAUACUUCAAUUUUCAUCAUCUCAUAACUUUUUCCUUUGAAGCAUAUUUUUAAGUUUGAUAUUGAUACUUCUGGAUUCAUUUAAAUAUCGUCCAGUUUUCGUUACUUGAUUUCAUUUUGUUUUGUUCUCUUUACAUUUAUCCUUCAAGUAUGCGCGAGAGUCUGAUUGUUUCCACCAAUUUAGCCAAAUAUAAUGAUGUGUUUUAGAUUACUUUUUUUAAAUAUUAAAUAAAAUGAAAAUUAUUGUAUAAGACUUUGAGAAAAGUUCUAUAAACAAAGGUAGUUUUAUUAAUAUAUUAUAAUUAUUUACUCAUCGUGGCGGAACUAAUGUUUCGUCAUAUCUUACUGAUUUUAAAAGAAUCCAAUAAAAACAUUAGGUGUAAGACAAACAUUGUAUUUAUCAACUUAAGAACAGAAAGGAAAUUGUACAAUUUGCAAUUCCGUUGAUGCGAAUCAAGUGGAGAUAUAUUUGUAGUUUUCAUACUUUCAGUGCAUUUAAUUAUUAUAGGACGACCAGAUUUUUUUCGUCCAAGUAUUUUGUUGAAACGUUUAUCAAAUUGUAUUAUAAAUUUUCCUAGAUUUCAAUUCAUAGGACAAAUCCAUGAUGUCUUCAAUUACUUCACAAAAUCCAAAAUUAGUUUUUGAAACAAUUCAUAUGCGCUAUUGAUAAAAGAAGUCUUCUCUUUUGAGUGAUUGUUUUCCAACAUUUUUUUUAAGAAUCAAUUGUAAAGAAGUUUUGUCGACUUUAUUCAAAUAGAGAUUACAGGAUAAGGGAUAUUUUUAAAUAAAGUAAAACAAAUGGGAAACAUAAGGUGGUUCAAAACUAAAUUACUGCCAUAUUAUAUGUGUAAAAAAAUCAAAUAGCGAAAAUGAUAUUCGAAUCUUUAUAAUAUUGUAUUCAAAUGUUAAACAACAACAAUGUCAACACAAAUAUACACAUUUUUGUUUUUGGAAUGAUUGUA